AGCCAAGUCGGAUCCGAAGUGGGUUAGGGUAUUAUAUAAGCCCUUGGCGGGAGGGGAGAUGGUCUUUUAUGUGUGUUUCUUUUGCUGCAGCAGCGGCGGCGGCGGCAGCAGCAAGAGUGGCUCAGGUUGAUUUAGAAUACGGAUGACAGUGGCCUGGCGCGAGCCCACGGCUGACGAAAGCGGCUUAUCCCGCUCGGUUUCCAUGGAGACGAGCAGGAGCAGCGGCGGCGGCGGCGGCGAGGCUGUCAGCGAGCGCGGCGGCUGCGGCGGCGAUCGCGCGUCCGCGGGGGUCUGCAGGAGGAAGGAGGAGGCCGGGGCCGGGACCCUCACGGCAGACAUGGACUUGCAUUGUGAUUGUGCUGCCGAAACGCCGGCCGCCGAGCAGCCGUCGGGGAAGAUUAAUAAAGCUGCUUUCAAAUUAUUCAAGAAGAGGAAAUCGGGUGGCACCAUGCCCAGCAUUUUUGGGGUCAAAAACAAAGGGGAUGGGAAAGGCUCGGGUCCGACGGGCAUGGUGAGGAGCCGGACCCACGACGGCUUAGCCGAGGUGGUGGUGCUGGAGAGCAGCAAGAAGGAGGAGCCGCGCGGCGGGGGCAACAGCGGGGGCGGCGGCGGGGGUGGCCGCAGCGGGGGGCGGCCGAACGCGGGUCCCCCCAGGGCGGCCGGGACCGGCGUGGGCUCCCUGGCUAACAGCUCGGUGGCGAAGUCGCACAGCUUCUUCUCCCUGUUGAAGAAGAACGGGCGAUCGGAGAACGGCAAGGGCGAGCCGGCGGACGCGAGCAAGGCGGGCGGCAAACAAAAGAGAGGGCUGAAGGGGCUCUUCAGCAGCAUGCGCUGGCACAAGAAGGACAAGCGGGCCAAGGCGGAGGCGAAGGGCGAGAGCGCGGGGGCCCCGGGCGGCCUCAUCCUGCCGGGCUCGCUCACCGCCAGCCUGGAGUGCGUCAAGGAGGAAACGCCCGGACCCGCCGGCGAGCCGGAGAAGCCUAGCAAGGACGCGCCGCGAGACCCAGCAGGUGAGCUCGGAGGGGGAGAGCCGGGGCCGGCCUCCGCCGAUCGCGCCCACGUGCCGGACCGCCGAGAGGCCCACAGCCCCGGGGUCCCUAAGGCCGAAAGCGCCCGGGGAGAGGACGCCGCGGGGCAUCGGCGCGCCGAGAAGCCCCGGGCAGCCCCCGAGCUGGGCGCUGGGGAGGUCCAGACGGCUGAGGAUGCCUCCAGGACAGGUGACGUUCCGGUAAAGACCGUCCCCCUUGUCGACUCGGAAUGCGGCAGCGGCCGAGCGGCGGCCGUCCCUGACCCUUCCUCUGUUGAUCCACCCUCAGACCCAUCGGCAGAUCGUAUUUGUUUGAUGUUUUCUGACGUGACUUCACUGAAAAGCUUUGACUCUCUUACAGGCUGUGGAGAUAUUAUUGCAGACCAAGAGGACGAGGCAGGUCCCAGCUGUGACAAGCAUGCCCCCGGGCCAGGCAAGCCAGUUCUCUCUAAAAAGAACUCCGGUGUGGUGGCCUACCAAGGAGGAGGGGAGGAGAUGGCGAGCCCGGAGGAGCUGGACGACACCUACCUCCAGGAAUUCUGGGACAUGCUUUCCCAGACUGAGGACCAAGGACCAGGGCCCCAGGAGGGAGCGGCCAAGGCGGCAGCAGCACUGGAAACCAAGGUGGUGGCCGAGACGUCCAAAGACGCCAGGUGUGUGGAAGGGGCCAAGGACGUGUCCUUGGGCAAGCACAGGAGGCUCAACCGGAUUCCCAUCGAGCUCCAUCCCAAGGAGGAGCCUAAAGAGCCGGAGAAGGAGCACCAGGAAGGCAUCCCCAAUAGUGAUGAGGGCUACUGGGAUUCCACCACUCCGGGUCCGGAGGAAGACAGCGCCGGCAGCGGCAAAAAGGCAGGCAUCCCCCGGGAUAGCUACAGCGGGGACGCGCUCUACGAUCUCUACGCGGAUCCGGAUGGAAGCCCGGCGGUCGUUCCCGCCAACGAGGAGACGUCCUGCUUGUCCCGGUUAAAGCCUGUGUCUCCAGUCACCAUCACCUGUCCACUGCGAACACCAGGCAGUUUGCUGAAGGACUCUAAAAUCCCUAUCAGCAUCAAGCACCUCGCGAACCUUCCAUCCAGCCAUCCCGUAGUGCACCAGCAACCAGUCAGGAGUGAGAUGCCCAGAACAAAAAUCCCAGUUUCCAAAGUGCUGGUCCGCAGGGUCAGCAACCGGGGUUUGGCUGGAACGACCCUCCGGGCAGCGGCGUGCCAUGACAGUGCCAAAAAGUUGUGAGGUCUCGAAGCCAAGGUGGAUGGACCCCAUGUCAAGGAAUAUACAACUUUCCCUGGAAACCACUCAAAUAAGUUUUGCUUCUUCUAAAGAAAGGCUUGUAGGACCAUCCCUGCUCCACAGCACAGACCAAGGAGGUCUCUGUGCCGCCAGCAGGGGCAGGAUACUCCAGAGAGGGGGUGCUACACAUGGGAUUCUCCUUUCAAGAUAAGUUCCCUGAGAAUUAUUUUCAAGCACUUUUAGUUUUUUACCUUUUAAAAAAAAUCACUUUUUUCUUUUUUCCUUUGAUGCGCUGCACACUUGGAAGUCACCUUUACUUGCCUUUGCAGAAAACAGGACUUAACCAAACCUAAGGAAGCAUCAUGCCAUGAUAGUUGGCCGUGCCAUGGUCCAGAGAGGGCCUGGAGGACCCGCUGUCAACACCAGAGGAGCCCCUCCUCUUCCAUGACACUUUCCUUCCUUCCUUCUUUUCCUUUUUCUUUCCAGGAAAAAAGAGAGAGAGAAAGAAAGAAAAGAAAAAAGACCCUUUGCUGUAUCACUGUGUGGGAAACACCCGCAAAGCUGAAAGAGCCAGGUAUUUACCUGAUGAGCAGAGGGGAUCAUUGAUUGGCUGAAAACUUGCCUACUUUCAGUUGCUGGGUAUGCAAAUAGGUCAAUAUCUACCACUAGGACAAUAAAGGAGCAUUUUGGUUUGGUUGGUUUAGAUCAUUUGUUUGGGGAGAAAGAAAAAGCUCAGCAGAGCAGGUUUUGUCUUUUUCUUUUUCUUUCCCACUCAGUGAAGAAAUAAGGAUCAGGGAAAGAUUUCACUAAAAUGCCAAGAGACACAGUAUUUGAGCAUUUAUGAACUGUAACCUUUCAUGUGUAGAUAAUGAGCAUUUUACAGUUUAUCCAGCUGUUAACAUUUUUUAAUCUGUCAGUAACCUCGAAUUUAAAAUCUGGUUUUAUAACUAGUUAUGGUAACUGUCCCUGAAUCACUGAUGUUCUUUUAUGUACUGUAACCUAAAGAAAUUCCGUUUUUGUUUUACAUGGGUUCUCUGGCUCUCAGUGCAGGAAAAAAAAAAGUCUAUUGUGUUGAUGUCCCAGAGGAAUUGUUCUGUCUUGUCUUGGGGAAGAGACUAUUUGCUUCUCACUCCUAAUCCUGCUUUUCAGAGAUUUUUACCUUGGUUAUAAAAAUUUUGGAUUUGACCAUUCUACAAUAGUCCCAAAGGAGGAACGUGUUUUAAAAACCUAAUAGACAAAUACAGUUUUUCAUGUUAUUUGACUUUUGCUUUAUAGAUUCAUGAUUGAGACAGGUAUGUUCAGAAUAUGACACUGGCAAACGUAUGUAUCAUAAACACUCUAUGUCAAGAUAUUUUGAAAAGUGGUUUCCUUGUAUGUAUAUUUUCUAUUAUUUUAGAUGAGACAUUUAUCGCAGAACGGGUUACCAUAUGCCUGGAUAGUUUGAGUGAUUAACUGAAGCAGUUCCUAGAAUGCUAUUAGCAUCUAAUGAUUAUAUAAUAUCCUCUUUGAAACGCACUUCAGUGUGUUUAAUCAAAAGACCGGAGCUUCUACUAGGAGCUGAUUCAUGGUAUCAGGAAGAUUAGACAUUUUCAAACAAAACUACACGUAUACGAAUGGCACGAACACUUCUAUAUAACUCCCAUCUUUCCAGAGAGAUUGCCUAAGUAAUGAACUGAUAGUAUAUGCUUUCUAAGCUUGUUUUCUGUUUCAUAAAGGAAAGAAAGAGGCAAGUUAAGUAUAUGGAAACCUGUUUUAAUAGUAUGAAAGGAACAAAAUAAACGACAUCAAAGGCAAACAAAUUUGAGCCAGUCGCAUACAGCAAAUUGUUCCCAUUUUAAAUAUGCAGUGAUUCAGUUAGAAAAGGUGGUAGAGAUUUGUUGAAUUUCUUUAGUAGCCAGAUGACUGGCUUUUAUUGCAUUGUGUCAGAUCCUUAAUGUUAUUUCAAAGUACUGUUUUAAUAUUUAAUUUCCUUAUAUAGAUGAGGUCCUAUAAUCAGACAUAGCCUUAAGCACUCUGAGCCCACCACCAGGAAUUCAUAAAGCCACUCACACUCACACGUGCUUCUGCACUCAACUGCACAAACUAACAGACAAAGACAUGUACCGUACACUCGGAAAUAUUUUACGAACGACUUCCGUCUUGAGAAAGGGGUUUAAAUUUGAUUCCACGCUGAUAGUACUAUUUAGACCCCCAAUGCAUUCAUCUUCCCCCAGUGAAUGUAAAGAACAUAAAUUUUAUUCCUAGCUGUAAAACAAAGGAUGUUUAUUUUCUUCUUGUGCAUUUUCUUGUGAGGAUUAUCUUCUCCGCUGUGUGACUCGGUGACAGAGUUAUAUUUGUUCAUUUGUUCAGCUGUACAGGGAAGUUAGGAGUACCUGAAGUACUGAGGAGAAUAUUCUAACAGUAAAGGCAAUCUAUUGAGAAAUCUAUUUUGUUAGCACUGGGACAAAUUAUUUUUGCUUUCACAAUUUGGGGGGCUUAUUUCUGCCAUUAUACCCCUAUGCUAUGCCUUCUUUUUAUAAGUAAAGGAAAAAGUCAGCAAAGCUUACCUUCAUUUCCCCCUGCCUGUCAAUUAACCAGUUAUACAAGAUGUAAAAUAUUUUCUCUUUUCAUUCUUUUUUCCAUUUGUUGUCCACUUUUUAAAAAACUCUCUCUGAGAAUUCCAUCCACACCAGUCAAAUGAAGGAUGCAGGCGGUUAAUUAAAUGGCCUCAGUGGCUAGGUGGGAAAUUAGGACCAAUGCAGGAUGCCUGCAUCUUAACCUUUUUCACCCACAGGAAAGGGUUCACAAUUGCUUUUUUUGUGCCAAGGGCUACUUUCUCUCAUACAUGCUCCUGGAGAUUGCUUCCCCCCCCCCAGCGUUUUAAUAGAUUUAUAUUCCAAUUAUUAUUAAUACAUUUCCUAAUUUGGCUAUAUUUGCUGGUUUUUUUUAAUGGGAAGGGUUAAAUAUGGGCUGAUGACACCUUCGCUGUGUGUGUAUGAUUCUGAGAUGCUUGGUUGAUUAGGUCUCUUUAGUCAGUGAGCUGGACAAAUUAGAAAGGAAAAAGUCAAAUCCAUUGUUGGCCCUGAAUUUAUCAGUGAGUUUAAUAGCUCUGCCCAAAGACAGCCUGACGUUAAUAACUCCAUUACACAGACAGUGUCACUUCAACUACUCUGGCAUCAGUACUGUUGGCGGUUGGCUGCUUUAUUCUUCCAUUAGCACCAACUGGGAGAAAUUUUACUAUAGCAUUGUCAAUAAUUGCAAGAGGAAAUAGAUUUUUAUUAUCUCACCUAGUAAUAACAAUGACAUAUAGGACAUUAAGGACUUCCUUUAAAUACGUUUUCCACAAAUUAUCUGCCUAUUUAAAUACAAAGUGUUUAACAUCUAUGAGAGUGAUGACUUACUGGGUUUAAAGCGUUUCUUCCUUAAUCUCAGAAGUAGUUUUGAAGUAUUUGCACUUAAAUGAAUAUUCAAAUAACACUUUGUUUACGCAGUUAGCAAGGUAAAAAGACUAUAUUGGAUAUCAAGAUUUCUUCCACUGAUCUUUCUGAGUUUUCAUUGUUUACACCUUUGUCAGAUUAGUUUUCAGAGCCUUUUUACUGUUAACUUUGUAUGAAGAGAUCGAUUAAAGUAGCUUUCUGUCCUCUCCCUUCGUACCCACCAUGUUUGGUGUUUGCUUGGUGCCCUCAGAUAGCCGUAAGGGGGCGCUUCUCAUGAUGGUGGUGUCUUUUGACGCUAGUGGAACACAUUUCCUUAUUGUAGUCAUUCCAGAUUUCUCUCCUGAAUGAUGACAAUCUGGCCUUGGUCCCCUGUGCUGGGUUUCUACAAAGGCAUGUUCCAAUAUCUUCACAGAUACUUCGCUCCCCUUAUCAUUCUUAAGAAAUUAAUUCAAGAAUUUUAUACUCUUAAACAAAAGGAGAACACAUCACAAUUGCCUCUUAUCACCAUUGGGAAUGACCAGUUAAAAACACCUUCAUGAAAUAAGAGGAGAAACCCAAAUACCUCGGCUCUACCCACUUCCCUCCCUCUUUGUCAGGCAGACCAAGGGAUGAACGGCACAGUUCUUAUUUGUGGAAACUCGGCCUUAGGAAUUUCCGAUUGCUUAUACACAAAUAUUCAUGACAGUUUGGGACCCGAAGCUAGUGUGGCAGACCGGUGGCUUAUAUAUCUGUGUGGGAAAGCAAGAGGCCAGCAUUUACUUCAUAAAAGGAUGCGUCUGUAACAUUGUCAGGUGGUAAGUGUGGUUCCCCCUCCAGGGCAGUCUCCUGUCUUGUGAUGGCCAUCAUCAGUUGCUUCUCAAAGCCUUUGCGCUGUGCUAAUGCUUUAAAGGAGAUGGUUUGUUGCAACUACAGCCACUUAGAAAGAGUGUUAUUAUCUCACUCCAGAGAGUGCUUUUAAGGAGUGAUUCAGAAUGAUAGUUCCAUGAUUAUGGUAAAGUGUUCUUUCUCAAACUGAAAAAGGAAAGAUUAAAAUAGGCACAAAGCCUCCAGAACGGAAACUGGGCACGUUUUAUGACCAACGUUUACUUUAAUUCAAAGCAACCUGUGUUCAUGGGGCAUAUACUGCAUCGAAUACUUCAUAAACCCCUUCAGUCUGGGUUCAAACAUAGCUGUGCUGUGACUGGACUUUCUUAACAGUCAUGAAAAACAUCUUUAUUUUAUUUUACGUACUUUUUUUUUUUUUUUUGCAUUUGUUGCUUAUGGUUUGUGGGGUGAAGCAGAAUGGUGUGAACUUGAACAGGAGUGGAAUGGAUUAAGCCACACAAAUUCCUCUCAAAAUAAUAAUAGUACUUAUAACAAUAAUGAACAUUUGUCGAGUACCUGCUAAGUGUCAGUGGCCGCUAGGAGCUUUACAAAUAUUGACGUGGUCCUCCUAGCAGCCACGUGGGUCAGGCACUAUUAUUUCCCUAAUGUGCCAUCUUUAAUUCAUUCUUUUUGUUUGUUUCCAUCCCAUCUCAUCCCCCCUCCCCAUUCCCCUCUUUCUCUUUCUCUCUCUUUUCCCCUGGCCUCUGGGAUGGGAACAUAAACUCUUCACUAACUUAGAGUAACACGAGCUAAGAACUGCUUAAUGUCAUGACCAGUUCACUUCCAAUAGAAACAAAGCUAACCCAUGCCAUGAAGCUGAAAAUUGGUUUUGUGUCCGAGAAGAUGGUGCUCCUGUCACUGAUAGAGAAACCAGGCACAGUUAAUAGGCAAACACUCUGCCUUCUUUUGAGGGUAUCCUCUCCUUCUCAGGAUUAACACCAAAGUAGAGACAGAAAUCUCUCCUGUUGUCAUGGUAAUACUUCUUCCCUGUAGGAUGUCAGUCACUCUAAGCACAUUACACUGGUUUUUCUACCAUAAGCCCAGUCUAGCUUGCUCCGGGUGAUCCAUGUGGUUUGUUUAAAUGGCAGCUAGCUGACUGAUCCCUUGCCUUGAUACGAUUCUGAACUUCAGAGGUAGGCUCCUGGCUCUUUCCAAAGCAGUGAGUGCAUUCUACAUUCCGUCUACAGCCGUUGAAUCCUGGCUCAUAUUUUCCCAUUCAUUACUUCAUUCAAUGAAUAUUUAUUGAAGGCCUGGAAGUCAAUCAUGGUGAAUUUGAGUAUUUUAUAUGGAAGGAAAAUAACUAACCUAUAGUGCGUGCUUGCUCUGUGCUGGGAUGAUGCUCUGUGCUCUCUUUCACGUUGUUAUGGCCACUGUUCGCAAGGACGCGGGGGUGGGGGGGUAUUGGCUCCACCCUGCAGAGGCAGAAAAUGGUGCUCACUAAGGUGAAAUACCUUGUCCCAGGUCACCCGUUUCCUAAGUACUGGGCAGAGUUUGAAUCAGAAACCUAACUUUAUAGUUUAUGCUUUAAUUAUACGGGUUUUUUUUAACCGUAUGAUUGCAUUUCUGUAAAACUUGUUUUAAGUAAGAAACUGAUCAAAGUUCUGAACUGCAAGAGCCAAACGAGAUUUGUAUAAUUGUUGGUACCAUCCAACUGAUGGCUAUUUUAGUUACAAGUGAACUUGUAUUUUUUUUUUUAAUUAUUUGAUGGCUUUUAUACAUGCAAGCCUAAAAGGUAGAGCUCAGAGACUAGCAGGUUUUUUCUCACCUGGGCCAGUCAAAAUUGUGCACUAUAUUCAUCAAUUACUUUAGAGUUACAUACAAGCAGGUCUAUGUACAGAUUUUGUAACUUGAUGUCUGUUUUGCCAAUAAUAAAACCAAAAGCAAUUUCGUUAGUGAACCCAGCAGCGUACAACCUGUGUUUUCCCACACUCUGAUUCCGUUAAUACUCCCAAUAUCUAGGGAAAAUCUGUUUGAAAUUGCAUCAUGGUCAUAAUUAAGGUGGUUAUUUUCCUAAUAUAUGGCCUGCCUGCACUUGGUAAAAUGCUUUUAAGAUGAAUUUUAGGCCUCAUUCUAAUGAGACGUCGGGAAGGUUUCAAUAACAGGUGGUCAUUCCAUUGGAAUGUAAACUGGGAUAAUUUGUGAUAAUUACCCCAGUUGGGCUAAUUGGUAGAGUAACUUUCUGCUUUGUGUGAGAAGAUAGCAUUUUUAAUAAAAUACAGCCGAGGUGACUGGUUAUUGGAGACAUAUUUAACUUUCUCAGAUACCUACCUGGGUCAUCUAAUAAGCUAAAGCAGAGAUACUAAAAAUACCUGGGCAGAUUGCAUAGGGGCAGAGAGCGGACACACAGGAACUACUUGUAACAUGUCAUGAGAUGGUCCUACGUAGCCUGAAGGAAUUAGUGAACUUUCUCAAAUAUCUAUCUUGCAGCCAUUUAUCCCCCACUACAGUUAUUUCUAAAGAAAGGAAGAGAAACUCUCAUAAAGUAGUACAAUAACAUUCUUAUUGCUUCCAGAACAAAUUUAACUGAACAUGAAGGAUCUGGGAGUGGUCAUUUUAUCAAGAACAUCAGGGAAAAUGGUUUUGAUGUUAUUGGCAAAGUAGAUUUUUGUCAUUUUUACUUGACUCCAGCUAUCUACCAGGCUCAGUGCUAACUUCAGGUUUUUGACCAAGUUAUUUAUAUGGAAUAUCUCAAUGUAAUAUAGGGAAUUGCAGGUUAUUUGAAAAUAAUGACAAAGAAGACCCAAAAGAGAAACUCCAUUUCUAUAAUUAGUUUUCCUGAAAGUCAGGCAUGUCUUUGAGGACAAGCUUUUGGCUGUAUUAUUUUUGUGCACAGGAGGAAAAUUGUUAGUAGGUUUAUAGAUAUUAUUUUUAUAAUAGAAUGUUAAAUUUCCCCCAAACAUCAAAAAUCGUCUCCUAGAACUAUUCUAUGUUUUUAAAACUUGUUUUAAAAAAGGAUUCUAAAUAGCAAUAGGAUCUUUUCUCCUUUCUCCACUCCAAUAAUUUAAUGGGAUAAAUGAACCAAUGUUUAUAUUUUUAAACCUGUAAAUAUUUUAUUUUGGGUAUUUUGUAUAUUUGUUGAUAUAAUCCCAUUCUGUGCAUAUGUAUCAUUGUGCAUGUUGCUGUUUUUGAUAGUCACUCUUUUAAUGAAUGUAAGAAGCUUGGACCAGUAGCACUUUUCUUGUUUCAUUCACACAUCUUAAAACGAAAAUACAACAAUGCCAUUUUAACUGUUGUGUUUAAUUCAGUCAAUAAAUUUUGUUGCU